GCUGACAUUUGCCAAGCGUUUCUCUGUUUGCUCUGUGAUAGUGUGACAAUGCGAGGCCAGGCGAGGCGUUCUGGGGGGCGUUGCGGAGUGUCGCUAGUAAUCAGCUAGUAUAAUGUAGAAAAGACUGAGGGGCUUCAGUUAUAAGCAGAUUACAUAAAGGUGUAAAGGCAUGUGGGGUUUAUUAUCUCCGUUGAUAGAAAUUGGGGCUGGCACUUUGAAAAUUUCGGAACGGUGACAGGUAACAUUGUAGAAAAUCGGGAGUACUAGAUUCACACUUGCAGAAAAGCGUUCCUUCUGGCGGAAGACAGUCUCGAAACACUGAUUAGUUGUAGAGCGACUUCUUGAUUUAAAAACAUCAGAAAUAAUCGUUGUGGAUUCAAAGUAAUCUUUCUAUCAUCAUGGAAGAAAAUAUUGAUUCAUUAGAAGAUGAAAACGGUUCGUUUCCACAGCAUCUGGAAGCAGAUGUUGUGCAGGAAGUGUUGAAAAGUGGGACAGACCUUAGACAGUAUUCUUUACAAAUUGAAAAAAAAUUGAAAGAAGUAGAAAAUAAAUCUAUUCAAGAUUACAUUAAAGAAAGUCAAAAUAUUGCUAGUUUGCAUAAUCAGAUUGCAGCUUGUGAUAGUAUACUGGAGAGAAUGGAGUCAAUGUUGCUAUCAUUUCAAUCUGACCUAGGAAGUAUUAGUAGUGAAAUUCUGUACCUUCAACGGAAGUCUGUAUCUAUGAGUCAACAGCUAAAUAACAGACAAGGCAUUAGAGGACAGCUGAGCCAGUUUAUUGAUGAUAUUGCGGUGUCAGAUUCCUUAAUGGGAGGAAUAUUGGAGAGCCCAGUCACAGAGAAGGAUUUUGUGACCCAGUUAGCCGUUUUAAAUCAUAAAAUUAAUUUUGUUAAAGAACAAAGUUUCAAAGAAGUGAAGGCAUGCAGUGAUGUUAAAGAUGUUCUUGAGAAAUUGAAAAUUAGUGCUGUAAGCAAAAUUGAAGUUUAUCUCCUUGAGCAAAUUUAUAAAUUUCGUAAACCACUAUCGAAUUACCAAGUGCCUCAAAAUACAAUGUUGAAAUAUAAAUUUUUUUAUGAGUUUUUAUUGACACAUGAACGAUGUGUAGCACAAAAGGUUCGAAAGGAAUAUGUGGACACUAUGAGUAAAAUAUACUAUUCAUAUUUUUCAACAUACUCGAAACGAUUAAAAGGUUUGCAGUAUGAGGACAGUGCUACUAAAAAGGAUCUAAUGGGAAUUGAGGACACUGCUUCUAGAGUUCCUUUCAUGAAGUCUUCUUUGAAACAAAAAAAUACGGUUUUUACUAUUGGAAAUCGGGGUGAAGUGCUUGCCACCCAGUUUGAAGCACCAAUUAUAGUCCCCCAUGCUGCACAAGAACAGGAUAUGAGAUAUCCAUUUGAAGCACUCUUUCGAAGUGAGCAGUAUGCACUGGUGGACAAUGCUUGUCGUGAAUACUUAUUUGUAACUGAAUUUUUUAUGGUUCGAGGGACACAAGCUCAGGAUUUGUUUGACAAAAUACUUGGCAGAACAUUAAAUUUGCUUGUGGAAAAUUUGGAGAAAUUUGUUCAAGAGUCCUAUGAUGCUAUAGCGUUGUUCCUCUGUGUGCACUUGGUAUUGAGAUAUCAGCUGCUAUGCCAUAAACGAGCUGUUCCAGCAUUGGAUCGUUAUUGGGAUGGGCUUCAAGCUUUGAUUUGGCCACGAUUUGAGAGAAUUAUUCGUAUGAAUAUUGAAAGUGUUCAGAACUGUGAUACCCUGAAGUUCAGCAAAGAAUUAAGACCACAUUAUAUUACUCGUCGCUAUGCUGAGUUCAGUGCUGCUAUUGUGAGCAUCAGUGAAACCUUUCCCAAUGAGUUAGUUAAUCGGCUUUUAGCGGAACUUCAGGAACAAGUUGAAUUUUUUAUUUUAAGAAUGGCUGCUAUAUUUCCUCAGCGAAAAGAACAGUUGAUAUUUUUAAUCAACAACUACGAGAUAAUAUUGGGUGUACUUAUGGAGAGAACUAGAGACACUUCAAAAGAAGCAGAUAGUUUUCGUGACCAACUGAAUUCGUGUAGUAAUGAAUAUGUUGAAGAAAUUUUAUCUCCUCAUUUUGGUGGAAUUAUGCAGUUUGUGAAAGAAGGUGAAGCUCUCCUAGAGAAAGGCCAGACCGAAGACUUGAAAGCCCAAGAAGGCAAAGCAUUGGCUCUUGUGCAAUCGUUUUCAAGCAAUUGGAAACAAUCGUUAGAAGAAUUAAAUCAAGAAGUUCUUACCUCUUUCCCAAGCUUACUGACAAGUUCUUCUUUGUUGCAAUUAGCCUUCAAACAACUUGUGCAAUAUUACCACAGAUUUCACAAGCUCCUCUCCCCCACUGCAAGAGGUCAGUUGACCAACAUUCACCUCAUUAUAGUAGAGAUAAAGAGGUACAAGACCAAUUUUUGAAAAUUAGUUUUAGCCUUACUGCUGCAAAGGUAGGAAAUUCAGUCUUGGCCAAUGUGUUAUGUUUUAUAAUGGCUACCAAAAGUCUUCUAGCAUUUUUAAUUUAUUUCACCAUUGUUAUUAAUGUACAUAAAUAACCAAAGAGUUAAUUUAUUAACUGUCAAGACUAAUGGUGUUUUAUGCAAAUUAUGUGUGUAAGGACAUCAACAUUUUUUGCUAAAAAGUUGUCCUGCAGUAAUUUGAAAACUGUUGAAUCUCUAUCCUAUUCAAAUAAAUGAUUUGUGACGUAGUAUGUGAAACUGUGAUUUUCUUUAUUUUCUUUUGAUACGAACUGUGAGACUAUUCAUGGGUUAUGGUUACACGAUUUACAACAGGAAGCAUUUGUGUGUUACUUAAUGUUUGUAUUGAUCUCAUGAAGAACAUUGUACAUCUCCAAUAUCUUUUAUUGAAUUUUUGUUCUGCCAAGAAGUUACACAUUUUCAUUCAGAAUUAGCAAUCACCAGAAAUCUUGUAUAUUAGAUACUAUCUGGUAAUAAAAGUAUUUGUUGAUUGAAUCUGUUGAUUGAAUUCAUACUAUUUUUCAAAUACUUUAUUUUUUAUAUAUAUUUAUUUAUUUAUUUACAUGACAUCAAAAAGUUAAAAACUGUGUGACAUGUUAUGAGCAAGAUGCAAUCUAUGCAUGGUUUCUUGACCCGUGGGAUCUCUGCCUUAACUCGUAAACAUAAUAAGUUGAAUAAUUAAUACAAGUAGCAUCAAGCGUUUUUGACAAGAAUUGGUAUAAAAAUUUCUGUAUCAGCUAACAGCAAAAUUGCAAAAAAAUGCUUAUAUUUCAUCUUUUGAAUUUUGAUAGGUUGUAUAAUAUAAAUAUCAUAUGCAUGACAUUAUCUUACGUUUAAACAUUAGUUUUAUAUUUGUUAAAACUGUGGGUAAUGGCUUGGGGCAUGUUAUUGCCCCAAGGUCUUCAAUUAUUUGAAUAACUACAUUCCCCACUGAGUUCACGAACGCAUACACAGGUAAUAGAGCUACCUUUAUGUUCAGAAGAAGCCAUCUCAACAUUUACUCAAAGGCUUGAAGAUUCUACAAAAAACCCGAUUGUAAUGGAGCCAUUUACCUAGAAACCGAUGUACAAUAAUUGUAUUUAGUCAUUUUAAAUUAUACCAUCUAAAUGGGAAAUAAUACAUUCAAUAUCAUUGCUAAAUUUAAUAUUAUUUUCCUUUUUGUUGCUCAACAUGGUCUAAUUUUAUAGAAACAAUUAUGCAGCAGAAAAGAUUUUACUUGUCUACUGAUUUCAAUCGUGUAAUGUCAUUGCCAUGAGCAAUGUUUAGUAAAAUAAUGUACAUAGAUUAUUUGUGAAUUUCUUGUUGUGAGUUGUUGAUUAUGAUACCUUAUAAAUACGAUUACUACGUCAAGUGAGGCAUCAGUAUCACCCUUGAGGUAGUCAUUUUUGGCAAAAAACACUAAUUUGUAAAUCAAUGGUGAAAUUUCUAGCAUAGUAAAGAGAGGCUACAAGAAUUACAUGGGUGGGAUUUGCUUUUUAUUCAUACAAUUCUUUUCUGUAAUCUGUCUCGGAGCAUAGGAUGCGUUUUCCCAGAAUAUUAUUCCCUAUCUCAAAUGGGAAUGAACAUUUGUAAUAUAUAUGCAGUGAACAGUGUAAAUGCCUUGUGAAUUUGAAAGAACUCUUAAUUGUGUAGCAUAAUGAACUUGAUUUUGUCUUCAAUUCAUUUAAAUGGAUAUUCCCUUUGAGGUUUGACUGAAUUAAGAGACCAAAACAUUUUGUUAUAUUAACAUCAGUCAGUGACACAUCAUUCAUAUUCAAUGCAAUGUACAAUUGUUUAUUUGAUACAGAAAAGUAGGUUGAAACUGUUUUCCCAUCUUUCACUAUAAUUUGUAUGACAGAACCAAUUUGAAAUAUCUGAUAUUGUAUUAUUUCCUUUUUUUUUUAUUGCAAAGGACUUGAUUUAUUUGACUCUGUGAACUGACCUAGUGCCUAAAUAAAGUUAGAUUAUUGUCAGAGUGAAAAGUAAAAGAUAUAAUUUUGAAAAAGUGUGUGAUGCAAACGACCAAAUUCCUUAAUGUAAUCUUCUUUUUUUAAAAAAAAAUGUUUAUUAAUAGUGAAUAUGUUGAAGUUUAGAUGAAGUUAAGGUUAAAUGAUAUGAGGAAUAUCUCAAACAAUAUUGAAGUGUACAGAACUAUGAAGAUGCAAGAGUUAUUCACAUGCCCAAUAUAGUUCAUAGACAAUUCUCUUGGUGUGUUUAUGAUUGCUAGUUACAUUAUUGCUACUGUGUUUGGUUCUGAAAUUGUGGUGAUGUUGUUGCUUAAGUAUUAGAUUUUAUUUUUAUUUAUUAAUUUUCUGUCUGGCUUUUAUUCUUUGGUCUAGUUCUAAUGGUAGGAUUUUCUCUUUUUCAUGGAAUGCUUUUUUUGAAGACCUGUUAUAUGAGACCUACUGUCUUACUAGACCAGAUAUUUUCUAUAUGAAUCUGCUGAUGGUAUAAUUAUUGCCUUUUCUACAUUUCACACAGAGUGCAGUCAGGGUAGUAGAAGAUUUAUUUGAACUUAUAUGAUUUUUUGUUUAGGAACUCUUCUGAGAUUGUCACACUUAAUGGACAUUUUUAGGCUUUUGUACAAUAUUUACUGACUCUAAUAGAAAAUGCAUUUUCUUACAGAUGUGGAUCCACGAUGUUAUUGAAGUAGUUAAAUGUAUUGUCACUGUAUUUUCAGUGUUAAUGUCAAAAGAGUAAAAUAGUUAUUUGCCCAAAAAUCCAAGGACCACUUAUUACCCCAAUUCUCUAUUUUUUAACCUGAUCACUGGUUUUGCUGUCGAGGGGUGUUAAAAACACGGAAGUAAAGGAAUUAUUGCUCCCCCUUUAUUACAUUCAGUGAAAUAUUUUACAUAAGCAGCGUCACUGCACUUAUUUUACAAUAUCUAUUUAAAUUUUGCACAUCCAAUUCUUUCUUUUGUUGUGCUU